AUGAUCAUAGCCGUCCAUGGUGGAGCAUCAAUCAAGAAAAACAACGAAAUGCUAGAAGUUCUAGAACUCUCCGCAAAUUCCAACAAUGUCAUAGAAGCUAUAGAAGUUCUAGAAGAUCAUGAAAGCUUCAACUGCGGCUAUGGAUCUAAUUUGAAUCUAGAAGGCGGUGUGGAAAAUGAGGCGAGUUAUAUGAAUGAUAAAAAUCAAUAUGGAGCUGUUGGAUGUGUGAGGAAUUCGAAAAAUCCCGCGAAAAUUGCGGAAAAAAUCGCGAAAUCCACGUGGUGGCGAAAUCGCAAGCUAUUGCAUCCGAUGUUAAUUGUUGGCGAUGGUGUAAAUCGAUUUUUCGACGAGGAAAAUGUUGAAAAAUCCUCGCAGGAAUCUCUAAAAUCCCCAAAAUCUAUAGAAAAUUUCGAAAAACUUGAAAAAGAGCAAAAUCUGAGCUACGACACUGUUGGCGCGAUUUUGUGGAGCUCAGAACUCUGCGAGGCUUCAAGUUCAAGUGGCGGAAUAAUUCUGAAGAAUCCCGGAAGACUGGGACAUAGUUGUGUUUAUGGAGCGGGAACGUGGGCGGAAACGCGGAAGGAUGCGGAAAAUUUCCGCAAGAAGAAGUGUGGCGGUUUGUUCCACGGGGCAUGGAGAGGUGCUGGUGAGGAGUGAUUUUUGUCGAGAGAUUGCUAGAAGAUUGUUGUGAGUUUUGAGGGUUUUGCGGUGAAAUUUGGGAAUUUUUGAGCUAAAAAUCAUGAAAAAUGAUGAAUUUUUCGCUUCUGAACCUGAAAAAUCCAAUUUUUCAUCAAAAUUUUGGGUCCUGACACGAUUUUUCAUCUAAAAAUCGGCUUCUGAACCUAAAAAAUCCAAUUUUCCAUUGAAAUUUGGGUCCUGACACGAUUUUUCAUCUCCUGUACCUUUAAAAACUCUGAAAAUGGCUUCUGGACCUGAAAAAUCCAAUUUUUCACCAAAAUUUGGGUCUUGACACGAUUUUUCAUCUAAAAAUCGCUUCUGGACCGAAAAAAUCCAAUUUUUCAUCGAAAUUCGGGUCCUGACACGAUUUUUCAUCUAAAAAUCGCUUCUGGACCUAAAAAUUCCAAUUUUUCAUCAAAAUUUUGGGUCCUGACACGAUUUUUCAUCUAAAAUCGCUUCUAGACCUGAAAAAUCCAAUUUUUCAUUCAAAAUUUGGGUCCUGACACGAUUUUUCAUCUAAAAAUCGCUUCUGGACCUGAAAAAUCCAAAUUUUCAUCAAAAAUUGGGUCCUGACACGAUUUUUCAUCUAAAAAUCGCUUCUGGACCUGAAAAAUCCAAUUUUUCAUCAAAAUUCGGGUCCUGACACGAUUUUUCAUGUAAAAAUCGCUUCUGGACCUGAAAAAUCCAAUUUUUCACCAAAAUUUGGGUCCUGACACGAUUUUUCAUCUAAAAAUCGCUUCUGAACCUGAAAAAUCCUAUUUUUCGUCAUUUUUCGCUUCUGGAUCCAAUUUUUCAUCAAAAUUUGGGUCCUGACACGAUUUUUCAUCUAAAAGUCGCUUCUGAACCCAAAAAAAUCCAAUUUUUCACCGAAAAUUGGGUCCUGACACGAUUUUUCAUCUAAAAAUCGCUUCUGGACCUGAAAAAUCCAAUUUUGUAUAAAAAUUCGGGUCCUGACACGAUUUUUCAUCUAAAAAUCGCUUCCGGACCUGAAAAAUCUAAUUUUUCAUCAACAUUUUGGGUCCUGACACGAUUUUUCAUCUAAAAAUCGCUUCUGAACCUGAAAAAUCCAAUUUUUCAUUAAAAAUUUGGGUCCUAACACGAUUUUUAAUCUCCUGUACCUUUAAAAACUCUAAAAAUUAGCAAAAAUUGGUCUUGGACACCUGCCAAAAAAUAAAUUAAGCCUAUAAUUGUUCCUUUUUUUUGUUUUUCCGCAUAGGCCUUAGGCUUAAGAUUAGGCUUAGUUGGUUUUUAGUGGAAAAUUUGAAUUUUCUAGCUCAAAAUUCAUCAAUUUUCAUGAUUUUCAGCUUAAAAUUUAUCAAAAAUUUUGAUUUUUAGCUUAAAAUUUAUUUAAAAUCAUGAUUUUUAGCUCAAAAUUCAUGAUUUCUAGCUCAAAAAAUUCUGAAAAUCACGAUUUUCAGCUCAAAAUUCACCCAAAAAUCCCCAUUUUUCUUCCAGAAACCCGUCCGACGAUCUUCCAAUUCAAAAACUCACCGAAUUCUUCGCCGAAAUUCGCGGAAUCUUCGGCGGAAUCGCCAUCUGUUCCGAACAAUCAGGCGAACAUCAAGAACUUCUAAUUUUCCACAAUUCUCCCUAUUUACCUGUGGCUUUUCGUGGGAAAAAUGGAAAAAUUCGAAAAUUUUGGUCGAAAUUUGAGGGGAAAAUUGGGGAAUUUAUGAUCAAAUCUAUUGUUUUGUGA